AUGGCAAGUAAAGAAGCAAAUAGCGACAAACUCACCGGCUGGUCAGCCUGGGGCGGAGAGGGUCAAUCCGGGCCGAAAUAUAUUCGCGAAUACAAUGUCGACGACUCCAGUUGUGAUCCCGUUUUCGAAGGUCACAUCGAAUUGGAAGAACUUACCUAUGUGAACGAGGCACUUAAAUCCUGCCACAUGCCAGCAGACAGUGGAAUCGAUCAUGUCGGCUGUAAUGAAACUGCCGCUGCGAGCACUACUUGUACAUGUGGCAGCCUCUUUGCUGUGACGGACCGCAAGAUCAGAGACCUUUGCUACAACGAGCACUGCGAAAUUCGAAAUCAGCUGGCCGACAUCAGCUCUCGUCUCGGCGCCUUAGAAGCUCAACUUGCCAAUACCAAACCCGUCUGUCAGGAGUGCCACAGCACCAAGGAUCGCAAACGGCAUGCCAAACAGGACCCGCAGCAGCAGCGAGACCAGCCACCUCAUGGGCCCGCAGAGCAGGCGCUGGAUGACGAACCACGCGCGCGUCGCCGAAGCGGUGGAAGGCAUCGGAAGACUUGCCCAGAGGGGGCGAGCGGAGCCGCGAAAACAGUGAACAAAGUCAAGCUCUCACGGGUCUGGCUCGGAAAUAACCAAGGGAGUGCCCGCCAUGAGUAUACGUUGAAAGGCCCAAGAGAGCAUGGUGGAGGGGCCGGAGGGCUCUGGAGGUCUGAAACAAUCGGGGCCGAUACCACGCUGGAAGGAGUACAUUUUGCGCUGAUGACGGACGUUCUUUUUCUUGAAGUCGAGAUUAACGGCGGCAGCCACUUUCCCAUAACGCUGCAAUGGAAUGACGAGACCGAAGCCUUCGAGGGGCAGGAUAUGCUGAGGGAAAUGAAUCUCCUCAUCGGUUACGACGAGAUGUUUGAGAUGCUCUGCAACCCCUAUCAGGCGUGUAGGGAUUGGCGGGUUUGUCAAGUAUGA